GCCAGAAAUAAAACGCCGCUGAGUUUUAAUGAAGCGUUGCUGUUUGGUUUGUGUUGUAAUUGACACGUCGCUUUAGCACUGCAGCUGAUGGCCCUCAAACAGACGAGCGCAAAUAAUUCACCUCACUAAACACACACAGGUAUCAAUGAGCGCCUUCACUAGGGCAGUUUUCACACUUUCCCGUCAGAGGCUCAGGGAGUUUUAGCAGCUUACAAGGUGUAAUGUCUCAGUGAAUAUAAACCUCUGCUGACUGGAGCUGCAAAAGAUCAUUUAACAGCUGGUUCAUCCUGUGAUUAUGAUAAAACUGACAGAUUUCCUGCAGCUGACAGGUGAUGCCAGUAGACCGGUAUGGACAGAUAUCAUCGGUUACAGUAGCUAAAAUGGCACAUUUUAGGAUUGUAAACUGUUGAAAGAGAAAGUAAACAUCUGCUAACUGCAUCAAUAUAUAUUGAAGACGGACUCCACUUUUGACCUUUACACCACGUCACACCUGCCAUCAAUAUGUUAGGUUAAGAAAGUCUGAAGUCUUCGAUCUUUGACACCGCAGUGAGUGUUUCCCCGGAAGACCAGGCUUUAGUAUUGCUGGACUGUUGAAGAGGCUUUCAUCAAGAUGUUUACCGCUCUGAAGAAGCUGGUGGGCUCUGAAGCAGGGCAGCUCAGGGAUAGAAAUAUUCCUGCAGGCCUGCAGUCCAUGAACCAGAGUCUACAGAGGCGUUUCGCCAAGGGCGUACAAUAUAACAUGAAAAUAGUCAUCCGUGGGGACAGAAAUACGGGUAAAAGUGCACUUUGGCACCGUCUUCAAGGGAAAAAGUUUCUGGAAGAGUACAUCCCCACACAGGAGAUACAGGUCACAAGCAUUCACUGGAGCUACAAAACAACAGAUGAUGUAGUGAAAGUUGAAGUCUGGGAUGUGGUAGAUAAAGCAGGGAAAGGGAAAAGACGUGGAGAGAAUCUGAAAUUGGAAAAUGAACCUCAGGAGUCAGAAACCGAGAUGGCUCUCGACGCAGAGUUCCUGGAUGUUUAUAAGAACUGUAACGGUGUGAUCAUGAUGUUUGACAUCACCAAACAGUGGACGUUCAACUACAUCCUUAGGGAGUUGCCAAAAGUGCCGACACACAUCCCAGUGUGUGUCCUGGGUAACCAGCGGGACAUGGGCGAGCACAGGGUCAUCUUACCCGACGACAUCAGAGACUUCAUCAACAGUCUGAACAGACCUCCAGGCUCCUCCUACAUCCACUAUGCCGAGUCCUCCAUGAAAAACGGCUUUGGUCUCAAAUACCUCCAUCGCUUCUUCAACAUCCCAUUCCUGCAGCUGCAGAGGGAGACUCUGUUACGGCAACUGGAGACAAAUCAGCUUGACAUUGAUGCCAUGCUAGAAGAGCUCAGUGUUCAGCAGGAGACCGAGGACCAGAACUAUGACAUAUUUCUUGAGAUGAUGGAGGCACGCAAAGCUUACGGCUCUCCGGCGCCCUCUAAUGGCCAGAGCCCGUCCUCAGGAUCCCAGUCCCCUGUGGUGCUGCCCGGUGCCACCUCCCCCAGUAACUCCAGCCCCAGCACCCCACAGGCCCCUGUACCCCUCCAGACCCAAUCCGCCCCUCCACCGCCGCCAUCUAUACCACACCCUCCCGCCCAGACCGCAGCCGCCCAUGUACCCCAGACACCAUCGCAAACCCUGGAGUCUUCGCCCGCGGCACCGCUACCCGCACCUCCUCCUGCCCAGAAACGAGGCUUCAUCUCACGCCUGUUCGGAUCGUCCACUGCAGAGGCGUCACCAGACAAACCAGAAUCUACAGGCUCUGAAGACCCGAAGCCCUCUGGAAAGGUGCGGAAUGUGGAUGACUUUGUGCCGGAGGUGGGCCUGGACCGGACCUUUCUGGAAGAUGGUGGAACAGCAGUUAAAUCAAAGAACAAACCUCCAGCAUCAGCUCCCAUCCUGGACAGUGAUAGUGAUGGAGAGGGACGGGGAAAUCCUCUGGUCUCCGGCUUCCAGGAUGAUUUAGAUCUGGAUGAUAGAGCGCUGUCCAAGCCUGCCGUUAAAGCGGCAGUCCCGAGCAUGAGCGUCACCCUCACGAGUGAUGAAGAGGAGGAAGAUUCAUCUCUGCCCUCUGCUGCCCGGCACAAAGGCAUCGGCUCGGGCCCAAAGUCAAAGGGAUCUACAGUGAAUUCUGUCAAACAGCUGCAAACCAAGUCGAAACCAGCUGAGAGACCUCAAAGCCUGAAAACUACAGCAGGACCUGCAGUGCAGCGACAAGGUCUGAAGACAGGAGGCGCUGUUGAGGCCGACUCGGAUUCAGACCAAGACCAAGACCAAGAGGCUCCAGUCGCUCAGCAGAUGCUUUCAUUUGUCAUGGACUACCCUGAUUUUGAGAACGAAGAGUUUGACGGACCCAAGAUCAAGAAGGGCACUUUUUCUGCACGAGAUGACUUAUCUGACCGGUCGGAUGAUGGGUUUGUGUUAGCUGGACUCCCAGAGCCCCCCAAACCUGCUGCCCCCUCAUUUAAGACCCUCAACAGUGACAUUGACCUGUUUGGCCUGGGAUUUGAAGAGACGACACCUAAGAGUAAAGACAGCAGUGAAGACCAGGAAGAUAAUGAAAGCAGACACUCCACAAAGGACAAGAAAAAGAAGAAAAAGAAAAGCAAAGAGGAGGAUGAGAAAAGCAGCAAGAAACGACACAAACACAAAAAAAAGGAAAAAGAUGAGGCGGUAACAGGAGACGAGAAAGAAAAGAAGAAGAAGAAAUCUUCAAGAACCAAGAAAGCAGGAACUGUGGACGAUCUUGAGGCCUUCCUGGCAGGUGGAGACGGGCCAGGAAACAGUGAGGGCGGAGACUAUGAAGAACUCUAACCAUUCAGGGUUUGACAUCCACAUCGCCAGGUCAUUUUCCAAUCCAUUCCACCUGUUUUUCAGUGCCUAACCUUUCAAAUUUUCACAGCGUUUUUGUUCUUCCAGCAUUGCAGCUUUAUAAAAUGGUACGUGGCAGCGUUGUUCACCCCAUGCCGUUUUCCAGUAUUUUCAGACAUAUCACUUUUAGAUGCAUUUUCAAAUGAUCCAGAGUUUAUUCCGUUAUUAACUGAUUAGAACUCAUUAAGUUGUUCCACAAAGACUUGAGGUAAUUUUAGCUUUAUUGGUUUUGUUUUGUGUGUGUCUUUGUCAAUGGGCCUCAUUCAUGAAACAUUCGUAAAUAUAGGAGUAUAUUUGCACGCAAAACGGACCUUCCCGAAAACUCUCCUCUGUAUUCACACAUGCUUCGUAAGCUUCCUAUUUGAUAGUUAAACAUGCGUAUGUUAAUGAAUUCCAAUCAUUCGUAAAUAGGGUGCGUGUGCACGCUCAUUCACAAUUAGCAUAAUCCCCGCCUGUGAAUUACAGAUACGCAAAUUGCAUGUCCAGGAACGCAGUGGAAUAUUCUGGUCUACUUUCUCAGGUUUGGCUCCAGUAUAUUGCAUAAAUGCAGAAAAGACUAAUUGGCCAUAUGCCUUACAAUAAAUAUUCAAUAAACGUGUCCAUCAAAGCGUUUUUAGCCAGCUGAAAAAUGCCAGGCGCUCUUCUGGAAACGGCCAGCUGGUGGUGCUUGAGAACACUUUGGUGGCACAGCGUUUUUACAGCUGAGACGCUUUGGUUGCUAUGAUUAGGAAUAUCCACGGCAGUAACGUAUUACUAAUAUCUCAUUUUGAAGAAUAUUACUGAAUAUAAAAAUGCAGUAACCAGCAAUAGUAACUUCUCUCUGUUGUUGUACAAGUAGGAUGAUUGGUCGGUGUAGUAUUUGACCCGCCCCUCCUCCAUGAUUGGACGGCUGGGUAAAAAGUGACAGUGACAAGCGCUGUGUUUUACCCAAAGCUAAACAGUUUAUCAACUCUCAGCUACAAAAAAAAAAAAAAAAAAACUGGCAGUGCAUCAAAAUUCAGUGUCAUCAGUUUGCCAAAAAGAACACAGAACGUUUUAUGCACCAUUUACACCUGGUAGGGAGCAGGUGUGCAUUUCUUUCGUACCAACUAACAUUUUGAAAAUAUGAACACUUUCAUGAAUCUGAAAAUUUACAUCAGAACAGCUUUACAACGAUUUACACACAAAUUCGUUCUGCUCAUGUUUCAUGAAUGAGGCCCUGUGUGUGUAUAUAUAUAUAUAUAUGUGUCCCUGAACAUUUUGGCAACUCUGUAUGUGUGCUUGCAUUUUUAUUUUGCAAACAUAUAAAGAGAUUAAUCAGACUUGCAUUCAAAUCUACGUAACACAUUUGCCCACAAUACAUGAGCAGAGCUAAUUUCUGUCAGACAUUCAAAGAACUAUUCACAUUUAAUUAAAUAUUUCCGCUCGCGUUUGUAAACCAUUCUUGGGUAAACUGUCUGUUGCAAUUCUAUCCAACAAUUAAUAUAAGAAUGGUUUUCAUAAACAAUUUGCACAGAAAUUCAUUCCUCAUGUGCUUCAUGAAUGAGACCUGACGUGUUGUGACGUUCAUUGUCUUCCAGAUGCUACAUCAAUAAUCAGUCAUAACUAGAUUUAAUACCAUAAGCCUCUUUCGCCAUCAGUUUCUUUCCAUUAAUGCCUUAAAUUGUUUUACACUUAACAAAAUGAAAGCCUGUAUAGAGCAAUCCUAUAAAGUUAAUGACUGAGGCCCUGACAGAGUGCUAACAUUGACAGAAUUACUCUUGCCGCAAUCACAAUCACGUUUGCAAUUAGAUAUGAUUAUAAUUACGACAAAGUUAGUCAGAUUGUCUUUUUUGGCAACUAUUUAUGCAGUUAGUAAACCGGUAUUAUUAUUUAUGAUCUUAAAAUGUUAUAGUUUCAUAAUGAUAGUUUCUGGUUCCGGUCAAAAUGUAUUCAUUUCCUUUGCUGUAUAUUUUUAUUUUUGUUAUGGCUUGUGUACAUGUUAGUAGUUGUGUUUAGAUCUCGUGUUUUAGAUAGUUGGAUCUGUACACAGAUAAUUUCAGAGAUGGACAACCAGGAGUAUUGGCUCUGAUCCUGUGAUGGUGAGGCACCUUGAACGUCCUUUAUGUAUAGCCAACAUAUUCAGAGCCUGCCCGUGCAUAAAAAUGAGUAAAUUUCAUAAAUUUUAGCAACAGCCUAAAUUACUAAAUGCAGCUAAACAGAGCUGAUCUAAAAAUUAUCCGAAUCUUUUCCCUCGUAGUUAUGCUUGUUUUGAUGGCCUAAAGCAAAGAAAGGUGUUUUAGUAAAAGAUAUAUUUAAAAAAAAACAGGCCAUUUAUGUAAAUGUAUAAAAUUUUGAGUGUAUGAUAGUGAAAGUAAAAUCAUAUUUUGAAUGAACGCAUUUAUACUUUGUAAUAUAACCAUAAAAUUGAAUCAUAUUUUGGCUUGAAAUGAUCCAUUAAUAUUUUGAUGAAUGAAAGUUAUAUAGACAAAUAAUUGUUUCCUUGUCAUUCAUGAAUCUGGAUCAGAAUUGUUUUCUUUAAUGGUUGCAUCAAACUGAAAGUGAAAUGACCGUUUACUAUACGCAAACAAUUCAUUCUCAUCAUGUUUCAUGAAUGAAUCCUAGUGUUUACUUCACAAUGCCCCCUUUAUGCUUUUGUUUUCAUCAAGUAAUGAUAAAUUAUUACCAGAUAAUUCAGGCGUUCUUCUACUGUUGCAUCAAAUUGAAUGUGUAAUGACUAUUUACGUACGGUUUUACCAAUGAUUCAUUUUAUUUGUAUUUCAUGAACGAAUCCUAGUGUUUACUUGCAAUGCCCCCUUUAUACCCCCCUUUUUCAUUAGCAUUUAUCACAUAUUGAUAAAUGAGUAGUAAAUAAUUUCAGGUGUUCUGGUUUCAAUUGUUGCAUCGAAUUGAAUGUGAAAUGAGUAUUUACGUAAGAAUGGAUUUACCGUUGAUUCACUUCACUUGUGUGUCAUGAAUGAAUUCCAUUGUUUACUUGCAAGGCCCCCUCACUUUGCAUAUAUUAUCAUCAUAUUUUGUUAAAUAACUAAAUAAUUUCAGGCUGGAAAAUAUGACUAAUGAACUAGAAUGUCGUGGAAUCUGAUUGGCUCCAGCUUAAGUGGAAGAUUGACAUCAUCCAUAGUGUUGUGCACUCCAGACCCUCAUCAUUUCAAAUGGAUUUUCAAUUUUUCAAUUAUUAUUAUUAUUAUUAUUAUUAUUAUUAUUAUUGGGACAAAAUGACGAUGUACUUUCUGCCUACCAUAAGAAGGACUUGUUUUUGGUUUGAUGGUACUAUAAACAUUCACCUUGGCAUCAACCUUUGAACUGUCGGUUGUUUCGGUCCAAGAUAUCCAUCCGUCCGUUUGUACAGCUUUCCCUCAGGAUACGCCGUCACCCUGUUGACAACUGAAUGUUAAUUCCUGCUCGCGGUGAUGUUUUCCCAGAAUCCCCCAAGGAAUUCAAGGACAUCGUUGGGGCGAAUAGCCGGUAACUAACGGUGCGUUUAAAGAAGUGCAGAUUCCCGUGUGUCUCUUGCGGCGAUCGUCUGCGUCUCUUAGGUGGCUACAGAUGGAUCCACACGCGCCGCUGAGAGCAUGUGAUGCAUCACGCUGUCACCAUGGAAGCACACGCCUGGGAAAACCGUCUCUACACACUCACUGUGAUAAAUAGUCACGCUCUCCACUGUUAAUACUCUCACCCCAAACCAGCAGAAGUGCGCACCUUGAACACAUAUCAACUUCCUCUUCGCUCUGGGCCCUUGAUUGAUUGAUUUAUCUGUCCGUUUGGCAUGCAUAUUUUUCCCACUGUACGAGUAAAGGAGACAGGAAAUGAAUGCAUUGGUGCUGUACUAGCUCUUGCUGGCUGUUGGACUGCAUGCAAUUACCAACAUACUUCCUGCACAGCGUUUCACAACGACUGCUUUCAUGGACCGGAAAUGUUUGGGAACGCCAUUUUAAGCCGUAUAUCGGUUUUAUUUUAUUCAUACAGCAUACAUGCAUUCCAAAGCCUUUGUUUGGGACCAUAAAUGAUUGUGUUUGCCUAUUUAUUGUUUUUGUUACCCUGUUUCACUACCCAUAUAUUUGAUUUGUGUUUCAAUUGUGUAAUAAAUGCAAGAUAAAUUUGACCAGG